AUGCCCACCGUCCUCUUUGUCUGCCUGCCCCUGGAGGGCCACCUGCGCCCUGUGACCAACGUGGCCGCCGCAGUGCAGCGACUGGGGGUGGAUGUCGAGUUUGCGGCGCUGGAGCCGAGCCGAGCCACUGUGGAGUCGAUGGGGGUGCCGUUUGUGUCCCUGGGCUCUGCCGAGCGCAAGACCAGCAAGAUGGGGUUUGCGGAGCGCGUGGGCGACACCUCGACCCCGCCCGUUCCCCUGGACCAGUUUGUCGACAAGGCCGGGGCCAACUUUGCCGGCUGGGAGGAGGCCGUGUACCCGCUGCUCCAAGCACACAUGGACCGUGCUGGCGGGCGCUACGCUGCCAUCGUCUCCGACCAGGCAACCAUGGCUGCCCACGACGCCGCGGCCGUGGCGGGCCUGCCGCUGGUGUCGCUGUACCAGCUUCCGCUCAGCUACUCUCUGGUCAUGGGCGGGCACAACGAGUACAACAUGCCUCGCUCCGUGCCUGUGGAGCUGCCCUGCUGCGUGCUGCCAGAGGCCAUGACCUGGCUGCAGUACGCCUUCACCAACCCUGCGCUCAAGAGGCGCGGCGCGGCGCAGAUCACCGCGGCCUACGGCCGCCACCGCGCCGCCGCGCGCGAGCGCCUGGGCCUGCCGCCGCUGCCGCCGUCCAGCGGCCCCUUCCAGCCGCCGCCUGGCAUCCCGCGCAGCAUCACCAUCGUCGGCGGCAUGAUGGAGCUGGAGACCGAGCGGCCGCUGCCCCCCGGCUGGCACAUGUCGGGCCCCCAGGUCCUGCCGCCCGUCACGGCGCCGCCGGUGCUGGAUGGCGACAAGGAUGCCGAGGUGGCAGCCUUCCUGCGUGCGGCACAAGACGCCGGCGAGCCUGUGGUUUACGUGGCGCUGGGGUCGCUCGUGACGCCACACGAGGCGCUGGUGCACGCCAUGGCGGCGGCAUUCCAGGCGGCGCCGGGGGCCCGCUUCCUGUGGGCGCUGCGCCAGGCCUCCCACGCCUUCCUGCCCCCCGACCUGGCGCCGCCCGCUGGCGCCGGCGGCGGCAAGGUGCUGGUGGUGUCGUGGGCGGCACAGACGGCGGUGCUGGCCCACCCUGCGGUGAAGCUGUUUGUGACGCACGGCGGCCUGGGCAGCCUGUCGGAGGGGCUGGCAGCGGGCAAGCCGCUGGUGGCGCUGCCCUUCUUUGCCGACCAGCACGUCAACGCGCACCACCUGGCCAACCGCAAGCUGGGCACGUACGUGGACGCCUCGCCCGCCGCCGUCGGCAGCCUGGCGCGGCGGCUGAGCAAGGCCAUCGGCGAGCUGCUGGGCGAUGCCGGCACGGCGCAGCGGGCGGCGCAGCUCGGGGAGAAGCUGCGCAGCUGCAACGGCGCAGAGGUGGCUGCACGCAGGAUCGCCCAGUUUGUGGGGGAGGCUGCUGGGGGCGGCGCGGCAGAGGUUGGCGACACGUCGGCAGAGUAA